UGCAACCGUAUCACUGUAAUAGAGAUUUUUUUUGUCUUUUUUUUUUUUUUUUUUUUUCCUUAAAGCUUUGUGAAAAUUAAUGGUGUACUCCUGAAACUUUCAAGGUUGACGACAGCCUCAAAAGCCUAGGGACUGCUCUGUCUCGGUGAUGCCUCUUACACUAAGUUGUAUCCCUAAUGCUGAAUUACUGAAUAAAAUACAUUAUGUAUGUAUGUAUGUUUUUUUUUUUCUUUCUUUCUUCCAUUAUAGGAGAUAUUUUAAACCUACAGGUCUAUUAUCCUUGGGAGUUCCUUUCCAGCUCUCCUUGCAGAACAAUUGUUUUCCCAUUAAUGACAUCUGGAGUUACCUACUGGGUGAUCAAGUCUUUGCAGCAGCUGGACAUAUGUUCAAGUUGCAUCAACAGCUACACCCUUCUUGUAUCACCUCGCCUUCUCUUUACAGUCUUUUCUUUCAUACUCGACUAUAGUGUUUACCGGUUAGCUCCUUUCUGGGAAGUGGAUCCGUGGAAAGCACUGGUACUUCUUGCCGGAUCUUAUGUCACUCUGGUGUUUUAUACCAGAACAUUUACCAACACACUUGAAGGACUUCUCUUUGCUCUUCUGAUGGUAUUGGUUUCCUCAAGAAAGUCUGAUGGCAGCUUAGUGGGGCCUACAAGCAGCCCUCUCAUAGGUAUUGUAACAACUGCUGGGUUUUUCAACAGGCCAACCUUUCUGGCAUUUGCUCUAAUGCCCCUGCUUUACUGGGCAGGUUUAAUUGUUGACUCUCAAAAGAGCAUUAAAACUGUCAUAAACCACUUUUCAAAGCUUGUCCUAUGUGCAUGUUUUACUGCCAUUGUUUUUGUAACGGCCGAUACCUUCUAUUUUACCUCCAUGGACUUAGAAAACCUCUACAGCAUUAAAAAGAGCAGCCUAUUUGAUGUAAUAAGUCAAUUAAAUGAGAAAAUGAUAGUAACCCCUUUCAAUUUUCUCAGCUAUAAUCUUAAUCCUCAUAAUCUUGCACUGCACGGAAGUCAUCCCCGAGUUACACAUUUUACAGUCAAUGGCAUAAUGCUCUUUGGGGUCUUACAUAUUCUGGCCAUUGGUGCUGGUAUUAAAACAUUGAAGGAAUAUAUCCAUCAAUUAAUACGGGUCAGAUCAUUUUGCCAUGGGUCAUCUGGGCUAUCAGUGCAUUCCGAGGGCAGUCCAACAUUAUUGCUGUUUUAUUUUGUUCCUUUGGCAUUUCUCUCCCUAUUCAGUCACCAAGAACCUCGGUUUCUCAUUCCACUCAUCUUGCCAUUAGUCCUGUUCAGUACAUCACAGAAUAGAGCUGUGAAGUGGAGACAUGUCAUUACUAUUUUCAAUGUUUUUGGGGCUUUGCUGUUUGGGUGCUUACACCAAGGAGGACUGAUACCGUGUUUGUGUCACUUGGAGCAACUCAUGCAUUCUCCAGAGUCCUCAAACCAUCCAAGACACUAUACUCUACUCUUUGCUCACACCUAUAUGCCUCCUAGGUCUCUACUUAAUAUCAGGAAGAGAGACACGCAUAUAGAAGUCAUUGAUAUGGCUGGGUCUAAAGAAGAAAUCCUCUGCCAAACAGUAGAACAGCAAGCAAACAAUUUUACCUGCAAUGACUGUCAUGUUUUUGUUAUAAUCCCUGGUACAGUCAGAGCCACAAUUACGAAAUGCGGUGUCUCGUUCAAGAACGAGACUUUGAUAUUUCCACACUUAUCAAUGGAAGACCCACCACAAAUACCCUUCCUAUUCAGUGGAAACUGGAGAAGUCAGUUAGGACUAUACAUUCUCCAGGUAGACAGAGAUCAGCAGCACCUUUAGAUUUCAGGAGAAUGAUGUUUUAGUUUUUCACUUCACUUGGGCACUGCCCAAAGGUGCUGCGAGACCUUCCUCUUCACAGACCCACCUUCAGCAAAGGUAGUGGCACUGGGAGUCCCUGAGUCUCUUCAUUCCCUUUCUUCAUGCUCUUACACUCACCAGUAUAGCCAGUUCUGGACAGAACCUGCUUAAGAUUUGAGUUACUUGGCCCCUGUGGUGGUUCAUAGGAACUUCUGUGGUCUUCCUGAUGAGAGAGAAGGAAAUCAGAACCCACCAAAACUGUGAUUCAAGCUUA